AUACCUCUUUUAUAAAAUGAGCGAUAUAUUCGCCAAGCUAUCGGCAUUUUCAGGGCUCAGUAAAUCGCAAGUAUCGCAAAAGAAGGUGGAGAAGGCCACCUUUGACCAGGAAACGCAAAUAACAGACAGUCGUGGCGACGAGCUCCUAACUCCGGGAUGUAUUGAGAGAUUCCAGGAUUUGUCGUCGAGGUACCCUAAUGCCUCGAAUAUAGAAUGGCUUCUUGGUGCCAUCAGGGACCGCCUGCAGCUGGAGGAGCCUUCACCAGUCCAAAAGAGCGUAAUACCGCUUGCAAUGGAGCGUAAGAACGUAGUAGCAGUGGCUCCAACCGGCUCUGGGAAGACCCUGGCCUACCUUAUACCCUUGCUUAUGCUACAUAAGAAACUGGGGACUAUACAAAGCUUGAUUUUGGUGCCCACAGUUGAGUUAGUGAACCAAGUCAAGCGUGAGCUCGUGUACUUAAUAGGUAACAGUGAGGUGAGCAUACUACCACUCGAACCGGGUUGCACCAAUUUCAAUGCUGAAAUAUGCAUAUCAACCCCAGGGACUUUGCACAGCUUGAUGAAGAAAUAUAAGUCGAUCCUGGAUAGCCUGGAGUGCCUGGUAGUUGACGAGGCUGACGUCCUCCUAGAGGGCGGUUAUGCUAAGCAGCUGGAUAAGAUACUGGCCAAAUUAAUUGAUAAGGAUAUAACCAAGCUUGUUUUCAGUUCAACCAUGCAACCUCAAGUCCUUGAGCUUGCAGCUACCUUCAUGCCUGAUGCGGUAAAGGUAGCUGUGGGCCAAAGUACCAGGGUCUGCAAGAAUGUACGCCAGGAGCUCGUCUGCGUCACCAAUGAGAGUGGUAAGAUACCCACUCUCAGGCAACUAAUUCGCGAUGGCAAGAUUAAGCUGCCCUGUUUAGUCUUCCUGCAGAGUAUAGACAGGGUCACGCAAGUAUAUAACCAAAUGAAGGAUGACAAUCUACUCGUAGAACGCCUUACAGGACAGAUGUCACCAAGUGAGCGCGACGAAUUGAUCAAUCGCUUUAGGCUCUCUAAAAUCUGGGUCCUGCUGUGCACUAAUAUACUGGCUCGCGGUUUAGACAUUAGAGGCAUAGGCUCUGUGGUCAAUUUCGAUAUGCCUCUGACAGAGCAGGAGUACAUCAAUCGCAUUGGAAGAUCAGGUAGGGGUGAGGCCUCCGGGAGCGCCGUAACCCUAUUUACUCUAAAGGAUGUCAAAAUAAUGCGCCACGUACUGGAAAUCAUGCAAAAGUGCAACCAGCCGGUGCCGGAAUACCUACUAAUGUCGAAAUCUAAACAACCAGAUGUAAAGAAACCACCCAAAAGACAAGGUGGUUUUACUUCAACUAAUCAACGUAAGAAGAGAAGCAGGGGCAAUAGCAACCAGCAGUGAUAAUAUACAGAACGUAAUCGCACUGAUAGAGU